UCCAAUCCCGUUGAUUCAUUCUAACUGAUGUCAUUGAUGGACUUGGAGCAUGAUUUCUUCGGAAUAUUAGAAGAUUUAGAGAAUCUUAAUGUGAUUGAAGAAGAAACAUUAGAACCAAGUCAUGAAACUUCACAAAUAGAGUCUUCUGUAGAAGCAAUUUUAGAGCUUCUAGCUUCGGAUUUUGUCCUUUGUAAAAUAUCUUCUGGCUUCUACGUAGAAGAGUUACCGGUUUCGUCGGAACUUUUAUUUGUGUUUGACUUGAAUGGAACUCUGAUUUGUGAAGAAAGAUACUAUAACAGACACAAAAAGUCAUACAAUAGAAGAUUUUAUCUAAGAGAUUAUUGUCGAGUGCUUUUGGACUUUCUCUGUAAACAUUGUCGAGUAGCAGUUUGGAGCUCAGCAAUAUUCCGAAACACACAGAUCCGUAGUCGGUUUGCUUUUGAUAUGUACUAUGAAAAGCUGUUAUUUGUUUGGGAUCGUUCUCAGUGUACUAAAAAAUAUUCCGACAAGAACCCACACGCCACCGAGAAGGAUCUUCAAAAAGUUUGGAAGAAGAUUUCAGGCACAGAAGCAAAGAAUACUGUGAUUGUUGACGAUGAUCAUUAUAAAGUGGAAUCCUAUCCUCGAAAUUGUAUUCUAGUUGUUCCAGCAACCAAGAGUAACAACUCUGAUUCGGAAAAGGAUCCUACUUUAUUGAGACUUUUAUGGUAUAUAGAAUAUCUUCAUUUAGGAAUGUCGCGCGUUGAUGAUGUUCGAGUCAUCAUGGAUGUGUUGCCGUUUAGGAGGUUUGUGCAACUUAUUGAGUGGUUUUCUCCCAAAAUGCUAUGAUAAAGAAUAGUUACUUUGCUUUUCAUGAUAACAUUCAAAAGUGCUUUCAAUUAGCUCGUUGCAAUUUACAUUU